UGUGUAACCCAAAUGGCUCAUCCAUUCUCCAAAGAUAGGGGACGUGUCCUGGCAUUUCCGCAUCUAGUUCUCAGAUGAAAUUGAGAGUAAGAAUGGCAGGUCGCAGCUGGACACAUUCUGAUCUCUAAAGGUACAACAUUUCAAAGAGAAAGUAAGCAGGAGACUCACUUUUUGGGAAAGAUGAGGCAACCUUCUCCAGAAUUAAUGUCACAUUCUAGAAACACUUUUGUUCAAUAACCUUUUGGGGGAGCUCUGAAAAGGACCAUUUCCUCUCUUUUCGAGGGACCAUAUUUUCCUCUCUACAGAAAAUGCAAGGCUUGCUUUUGAGCUGGGACUGUAUUUCACAAAAUUGUUGAGCUGGACAUUUUAAUGGAAACCAUCACCGUUUAUCUUCUUUUAAUGCUGAGAGAUUGAGGGCAUCUGCUCCUCAACCUAUCUAGAUCGCUGCCCUCCUGAACUUCACUUGAACGAUGAAGAUUUUUCAGCUGCCGUUAUUGAACUCUGACUUGUCAGAGGAAUUGUUAGAUUUUUAUAAAAGUACAGGAAUAUCUUUCUGGAAACUGAGAAUAAUGCACCAAGGAAAAACAUAAAGACCUGGAGGCUUGAGAGUUAAUUGGGUUUGUGUGCUACAUUAGAUUCUGGAGCUGGUAGAUUAUCCUGGUAAGGAACAUAAUUCAGAAUUGCUAGUACUAAGGAACAACAGUGGUGAAUAUAAUCUCUUAAGUGGGCUCUGAGGAUGGAUCCCAAUGACUUCAGGUACCCUUGCAAUGGCAAGCAGUCAGCACUGGAUGUUCAAUCCUUAGCCAAUAUUCCAGAACGCCUGCGUGAUAUUUGGGCCAUUUCAGAAGGCCUAAAAGGUAGUAAAUUCUGUUCUAACAAUCUCCUUCAAGUUGCCAAAAAUCUACGAGACAUAGAUAAAAAAUUCCAGUGUUUCCGGGAACUUUUACAACAAGAUGGAGGCAUGCUUUCUGUCCCUGCUGAAAUUAAAUUGACUGAAUUGCUCCAGUCUGUCUCCUGCUUUCUCAGCAAGUAUCCAGUUCUGAAUGCUUGCACCAUCCAGGCAGUCAUAGUCUCUCUUAUCACAUGUGUGAAUGAUCUCAACAGCCAAGUAAAAGGAACUGAAAACAAAAAACGCUACAGUGAGAUUUUCCGAAGUUUGGAUGCCCUUGAAAUUUCAAUUGGAAAUGCGGCAAUUGAAAUGUUUAAUGAUGAUGCUGAUGACAACAGGAAUGAAACUUCAAACCCACAGCCUGAAAUAGUACAGACAGAUGAACUUUUUUGUAAAUAUGAAAAAAUUUUGGAAGCAGCAGAUCCAGGAAAUAUGUCAGUUGAAGAAGCUGAUGAGAUGCUGAUCAAAUGUGAAGGUGGUGUAGAAGCAGCCCUAAAAUAUGCCAAAAUGUGGUGUAAAUACAUCAAGGAGCUGUUGAACUGGAUAGACAAACGUAUUACUUAUGAAAUUGAAUUUGCAAAGAACAUUCUGAAGAUAGCCGAAGCUGGAAGAAAUAUCAUUCUUUCUCAGAACGGUAUGCCUCUCCAGAGCCUCUAUACCCUGGUCAUGGAGCAUGACAUAAAGGCAGGGAACGUAGCCAUCGACACAGCUGGAACGUUGCAUCUGAGAGAAUAUUAUGAGCCUCUUUGGGCCAAAAGGAAUGAAAUUGAGAAAUGGCGGAAGGAAUUCAAAGAUCAGUGGCAGAAAGAACAGAAAAGGAUGAAUGAUUCCUUGUCUUCGAUGCGUAAAUCUCGCCUCCAUUACCUCCAGCGCUGUGAGGAUUUUGAAAAAGCCAAAGUGCAAAGCGCCAAAGCAGAAGAAGAAUUCCAGGCUGUCACAAAUAGUGGAAACAAGCAAUUGGAAAAACGGCGGCGUUAUCGAGAUGAGGCUCAGUUAAAGGUUCAGGAAUCAGAAGUUACAUAUAGAAGCUGUGUUUCUGAAUCCAACAAUCGUCGUCUCGAACUGAAAAAAGUCCGGGAGAGAAUUAUCUCUCACAUUCGCAAGCUAAUGUAUCAAGGAGAUGAAAUGCUGGUGAGGGUGUCCUUGAGGAUGUUCAAGCUCCAGCAUGCUCAAGCAGAACGAAUCCCUGUAGGGUACCAGAACUUGACUGAAUUCUGCAAGCCCUACAAGAUUGGUGAAAAAUAUCUGGAAUUUAUUCAAAAACUGCCAAAAAAAGAGCUUCCCAUUGAGGUGUACAGAUUUGAAGAAUUUGUACCAGCAGGGCAGAGGUCACCCUCUUCUGGUAGAAGAAAAAACAUUGCACCUUGUUCUCGAAUUUAUUCAUCAACUGCUGACCUAAGCAACUCAUCAGAAGAAACUCCUGGAAAGCCAUCUUCCUCAAGCAGUGAGCAAAGUGCCAACCAAUCUUUCUACAGUGACACAGAGAGCUUGGGAGGGAGCACUGAAUGCCAAUGCUUGGAUUCCCCCACAUCUAGCCCAGGCCACAAGAAGUUGCUGAAAGCUCCAUCCACUGGAACUGUAUCGUCUUCAGAAGACUGUGAAGACAAAGAUUUGAUACGAGCCUAUGACAAUGAUCUAAAUGAUGUUGUUGAAAAUGGCUUGUCUCAGUGUCAGUUUAAAAAAAUAAUCCUGUCAAGUGCUGCUCAGACUCAUCGGCUGAGAAAACUGAGGGGCCCUUCAAAAUGCAGAGAGUGUGAGAACUUCAUGGUCAAUGGUAUUGAAUGUGAAGAAUGCCUGUUAACCUGCCAUAAAAAAUGUCUGGAGACCCUUCUCAUCAAUUGUGGUCAUCAAAAACUGCCAGCCCGGGCAUCGCUAUUUGGAAUUGACUUCAGCGAUGUGCCAAGGGAUUUCCCAGAGGAGGUGCCAUUUAUUGUGAUGAAAUGUACAUCAGAGAUAGAAACUCGUGCCUUGGGAGUGCAGGGAAUAUACCGCAUUAGUGGGGCAAAAGCACGCAUGGAGAGAUUGUGCCAAGCCUUUGAGAAUGGACGAAGGUUGGUGGAGCUGUCAGAACACUCACCCCAUGACAUCACUGGAGUCCUUAAACAUUUCCUUAAGGAGCUUUCCAGCCCUGUGCUUCCAUUUAAACUUUAUGAAGAUUUCAUGGCUUUCUCAAGAAAUUUGCAGAAAAGUGGGGAUAAUUCUGAGACAGAUCCCAUCAAGGCCACCAAGGAUUUGCUGAGCAAAUUACCAGCAACAAAUUAUAAUACUAUAAGGCAUCUUAUUGCUCAUCUGUACAGGGUGGCUGAAAGAUAUCAGGAGAACAAGAUGUCCCCCAAUAAUCUGGGCAUCAUCUUUGGCCCUACUCUAAUCCGCCCUCCCUGUAAUAAUGAUGUGUCCAUGUCAUGCCUGGUGGAUUCAGGAUACCAGUCCCAGCUCGUUGAAUUUCUUAUCCUGAACUAUGAAAAGAUAUUUGGGAUGGAUGAUCUGCCUUCAGCUGGACUUUGUGACUGUGAAAGCUCUUUGAAACAGGCAAAUACUAAUGAAGUUCUUUCAAGCAACCAAAGACUUUCCAAUGCAUCUUUUGAGAGCUCUGCCUCCAAGCUAUGUUUUGGUGAAGAUGAUUGUGGAAGUGAAGACAGUUCCUUCACUGAGGUCAAGCGGAAAGAGAGCAUGGAGCAAACUGUCAACCCCGUAGAACUGAACAGGACAAAUGACACAGAACUGCAGGACUUUAUACUUGAUCCAGAAGUUACUCUCAAUCCGCAGUCCAGGGGACGCUUCAACCGGAUGCCAGUGAAACAUCCUCGCACUGUCAUCCCCAAAGUUUCCAGUCUGCCCCUGCUGGCUGCUGUUCUGUCUAAUUCAGAGGCAGUCAGUAACCGGUUGGAGACAAGUCCAAGUAGACGCAGUGCCUCACCUGAUACCUCUGGAAAGCGUAAACAUUUUGAGAUCACACGAGAAACUGCUAGGAUUGUCUCCAAGCUGCAGCCUCAAAAUGGAACAGAAGAUUAUUAUCAAGCUCAGCUUGGGGCAGCUCUCCAGGAAAAAAUUCUGGAUGCACUGGUGGAAAAUAAGACUGAAUCCAGGAGCUAAAAUAUUGCUUGAGAAAUGAACUAGAAAAAAGACUAGAAUCCCAGUUUUUGCAGAUAUUCUGAUAUGUAUACAUCACAAAACAUCAGGGCUCUCUAGUGCAGGGGCCUCAAAACUUAGCAACUUUAAGACUUGUGAACUUCAACUCACAGAAUUCCUCAGUCAGCUUUGAAGUCCACAAGUCUUAAAGUUGCCAAAGGUGGAGACCCCUGCUCUAGUGUAUUUGGAGAACAAAUAAACCAACCCUGGCUAAGUUGAGGAAGAAUGAAGUAUUUAUAUGAUUGUUUCCGAAGAAAGGGGUGAACUAGAACUGAGCCACUGAGAUAACUAGAAACUGUAAACCCCGUGAAGCGAACAUUCAAACAGCGACUAUUAUUGCAAAGGCACUGUGGACAAGCAAAACAUUCCCAGGGGAAAGUGAUAGGAAUUUUGCAGAAAUGGACAGAGCCUUAGAAAUAACUGAUAUACCUGUUCCCAGUGGCCCUAUUUGUACAAUAUGUUAAUACAUGGUAUGAGCGUUCAAGAUGGUUCAGGGUUAUGUUUGACAAGGAUAAUGUGACUGUGUUGAAACCACAUGAUGGAAGAUAUGAUCAGAUUAUUAUCAGAAAAAUGGCAUAUAUCCAGAAAGUUUAAAGUUAUCAAUAUGACCACUAAAGAAAGUUAAAUUCUAUGUAAACUGUGCACCUCCACCCCCUCUUCGAAAUGUUGUAGUGCUAUUUCUCUAGCUUCUGAGCAACAACAUGUUUAGGCAUUAUCAACCCUGGAAAUGUACUUGUUUUUAAAAAUGAAAUUUAUUUUUGGGAAGCUGAGUUCUGUAUUAAUUGUAUGUAUCUGCAUUUUUUAUUAUCAGUUUGUAAAGAAUAGUCUAAAAAUAGUAUUGAUUAAAAUGUGUAGUGGUUCUCUACUGAGAACUGCUAAUAUUAGGAGGAAAGCAUGAACGAGUGUAUAUACGGAGGCAAUGUAUGUUUCUUGUAGAGAAUACCUGGAUAAGGAAAUGGGGCAGGGCAGGUAGAUGGUUGAUAUGACAUUGCUGGAAUAUUUUCUUAUGAACAUGUUUACACCUAUAAAGUUCUCUUUGUGUAGAGUUGCCAGCUGGACAUUAGGCAUGAAUUUCUACAAGCAACUUCCCACUAUAUAUAUAUAUUUCUUAAAUUCCAUCAACCAUCUCUCUUCAAUUUUUGUAUAACAAAAUCGGUUGAACAUGAUUGAGUUCACACAGUGCAUUAAAUACUCUGGUGUGUUUUAAUCUUGAUUUGAUUAGGAAGCUGUAAUGCUUGGUUUACACAUGAUGCUAAAAUCAUGGUUUACAAACCACAAAGUGUGUUUAUACAUAAUGAGUUUACAACAUUAUAUGAAAAUUGUAAAAGAAAGAGUUGGUAAGAGGACAGAUUGGAGAAGCCAUGGCAGCCUCAGUUCCCAUAUCGAUAACAGAUGUGUGCCUGAUCAUUAUGAGGAAUCUGCCACUAAUUGAAACUUCUGAUUCUAUGUAUAUCCACUGAAAUAUGUGUGCGCCUGUAUAAUUUUGCUGGCAAACUUUUCUUACAGAGAUGCUCAAAUGCCCCAUUCAUAGAAUUUGC